GCAGUCGCCACCGCCCCAUGCAAGCAGCGCGGCAGGAGUAGCACUGCCGUCCCGUGAGCGCCGCCCGCCCCCAGAUUUCUUGCUGGAUCGAUCGAUCGGUCGUUGAUAUGGCCGUGGAUGAAUCGCCGUCGCCGCCGCUGCAGCCGGAAAUCGGCGCUGGGGGGCGGCGUACGGACAAGCAGGGCCGCCGCCUUGAGGUGUACAACGAGGUGCUCGCCCGCCUUCGCGCCGACGCCGCCGGCGCGGAGGAGAUAUCCCCCGCCUUCCAGGACGCGCUCUGGGCACACUUUCACCGUCUCCCCGCCAGGUACGCGCUGGAUGUGAACGCGGAGAGAGCGGAGGACGUGGUGACGCACCAGCGGCUGCUUGAGGAGGCGCGCGACCCGCAGCGCCGGCCCGCCCUGGCGGUGCGCGUCGUUCAGGUGUCUAGGAUUAUCGACGGUGAUGUGGAUGAUUCCUUCGAUCCCAAGGUGGAGAUGGCUGCAUCCGACCAGUUGGCUAGUCAAAUGGUCCAUCCACCUCCGGCAUUCGGUUCUUCCUCCAAUCUAGAGGCGCUAGCGCUAGAAGCGAACGAGUCUGAUGCUUGUAGCACCAAUAUUAAUGAUGAUAACAGUGUUCAUCUCGUUACCAGGCCAAUGCAUGAGAUAGCCUUUGCAACAACUGAUAAGCCAAAGCUCCUAAGUCAGCUGACUUGUUUGCUUGGUGAGCUCGGUCUUGACAUCCAAGAAGCACACGCAUUUUCCACAAUUGAUGGAUACUCAUUGGAUGUGUUCGUUGUCACUGGUUGGCGUCUUGGGGGUACUAAACAGCUGCAAGAAAAGUUACUGGAGAAAUUUCGCUGUAUUGAGGCACAAGCUUGGCCGGUUUCAAGCUCAUCACCACUAUCACUAGAAGGUCUGCAAGUUGGAGAGAAUGUGCCAUCCACCAGUGUGAAAAUACCAACAGAUGGAGGAGAUGUUUGGGAAAUAGACCUGAAGCUGCUCAAGUUUGGGAACAAGGUCGCUUCUGGAUCUAAUGGUGACCUGUACCGUGGAUCAUACUGCAGUCAGGAUGUUGCCAUUAAAGUAGUGAGACCAGAGCGCAUCAGCGCAGAUAUGUACCAAGAUUUUGCGCAGGAAGUAUACAUUAUGAGAAAGGUUCGUCACAAGAAUGUUGUGCAGUUUAUCGGUGCAUGUACAAGACAGCCCAACUUAUAUAUUAUAACAGAUUUCAUGUCAGGAGGGAGUGUGUACGACUACCUCCAUAAAAAGAACAGUUCUUUCAAGCUUCCAGAAAUUCUCAGAGUGGCAACGGACAUCGCUAAAGGAAUGAACUACCUGCAUCAGAACAACAUAAUUCACCGAGAUCUUAAGACUGCAAAUCUUCUCAUGGAUGAAAAUAAGGUUGUAAAGGUUGCUGAUUUUGGUGUUGCACGUGUGAAAGAUCAAUCUGGAGUGAUGACUGCAGAGACUGGAACUUAUCGUUGGAUGGCACCUGAGGUUAUAGAGCACAAACCGUAUGAUCACAAAGCAGAUAUUUUUAGCUUCGGUAUUGUUGUGUGGGAGCUGCUGACAGGCAAGAUCCCUUAUGAUUACCUAACACCACUCCAAGCAGCAAUAGGUGUUGUUCAGAAGGGAAUCAGGCCAACAAUUCCAAAAGAUACCCACCCCAAGCUAACCGAGCUGCUCCAAAAAUGUUGGCAUAGAGAUUCAGCCGAGAGGCCCGACUUCUCCCAGAUACUGGAGAUUUUCGAAAGACUCUCCAAAGAGGUGAGAGCCGAUGGUGAUGGUCGCCAGAAAACAAAGUCCGGCUUCCUUUCAGCUCUAAAGAGAAGCCACUAAAGGCAGAUGAACAUGCAGCUUCCAUUUAUAGUGGCCUUCAAGUUAAUUCAUUUUGGAAUCAUUGCAGCAUACUGUUGGAGAAGAUUACAUUGUAGUUGUACACUGACAAUUUUCUCACGUAAUCAGUAGCUGUUUUGGCACCUUUACACAUUCUCUUAGUUUAUUUUCUCUUCUAUUUGCCUUUUACUGUUUUCUUGUUCUACUGUUGUUGAAUAUUACCAAGAACAAAGUUAACACUGCAAAAGAAAAGCUGGUGAUGACCUUGUGCUAUCAUGGACUAAAUUUCUGCUUCCAAGCUCCUUGAACCAAGUCGAGGAACUGGGAAGUUAAACAAGUUAAACAGUUAAAAUGUUCUUCGGCAUAAA